UAAGGGUACCAAAAAAUUUAUUAAUAAAUAUCACUAACUAUAAAUGAAAAGAAUAUGAAUAAACCCUUAAGUCAAGAAGACACAGAUAUGCGCAUAUUUUUGAACAUCUGUUAAGAUUAUUCAGAAUAAAAAUAAGCUGAAUGUAGGUUGAGAUUUAGGUGCCUGAGACACACUAGACAAUAAUUAUUACUCUCAGCUCAUUUUGACUCUGAUCCUGAACUCUAGACUUUCCAAAUUUAUAUAGCACUUGUUCCACAGACAUAAGAAAUUUUUGACAGAGUGUGCAAAAGGGAUGCUUAUUUACAGAGAAAUCUUGUUUUCCUAUGGAUAGUGAGAGUUUUUUGCCUCAAAACAAUGUCUACUCACAGCUUAUUUUCCACUUUAAAACACAAUAUAACAAAUCAAAUCAAAUGGGAAUUUUUUUUUUUAAAAAUCCAGAACUCAAAUGAACAUCUUACAAAUUACUCUAUAUAUUAUGUAUAAGAUAUUGAUAGUCUAAGAGCAUUCCAUAGUAGCCCAAGAGUUUGAACUUUCAUUGAAACUGGGUGUUUGUCCUAGUGGCGGGAUAGGUAUAGGCUCGGCAUUUUCUGAUGGUCCAGGCAUGGAUUCCUGAGCGUUCGGUUCUUCCCAGUUAAUUUUGAAUCGGGUAACUCUGGGUUCUGAAGCCAAGAUAUUUCUGGUAACUUUGUUGAAUUGUGGUGGGCUGGGUGGCAAUUCCUUGAGCUCGGGAUCGCUGUACUCGUUGUUGAUGAAGUAGCCCACUCUUAUGAAUUCUUGGGCUCUGUAGGAGCAGGUUAGAAGGACAACUGUUACACCCAAAGCAUCGUUUUCUGGGAUUCUCGAAACGUUUGGUGGAUCAGCCUAAAAAAAAAAAUGAUUGCCUAGUAUCGGGGAUUUUGAUUAUAUUUUUGAAAUUCACCUGGAAUACGAACAUAUGCUUGCCCUCUGGAAUGGGGCCAACAAAAACAGAAUCCAAAACUUGGUCGAAUUCCUCGGAUUCAGCUGAUCCAACGUAUAUCAUUUUCCAUUCCAGCUUCCUUAAGUUCUUCAAUACACUCGAACGUGAUUUCGAAUUGAAACGGGUUCAAAAAGGGGCUCGGAUUGUCCAUAACCGUAAUAUUGCAAAGUUGAACUUUUGCCAUUUUUUUUUUAUAGAACAAAAGCUUGUGUUUGGAAAAUACCGGUAUUUAUCACUAUUUCCAGGAAAUUUAUGUCGCGAUAUCACUACAGAGGUUCUAUAAACGAUUCCGAGUAUACUUGACACGUUUUUAGUUGAUUUUAAUGGAAAUUAAUGGGAAAAACUAAUAAAAAAAAAACUGAAAUUUGUUAAGCCCUCCAAACAAGUUUGAGCGGGAGUUUUUUUCUUUCGUAGUGUUACCAACUCAAUAAAGCGAAUGACAUAAAUCAGCAGCUGCAAGCAAAAAAGUCCUAAAUAGUGUUGCCAACAGUAGAACCAAAAAAUCCCUAACAGCCACAAUUAGAAUUUAAAAAAACUCGCGGGAAAUUUUAUCUUGCCAAUCAAAAGAUAAAUAAUUUAUUGUUUACGAAACGAUGUGAAAUGAAAAACUAAUUAUUAACGUCAGUGAUCUCUGAUCUUUCCAGAAACAAUAUUAUUUCUUUAUGUGCGUUUUUCUAGAUAAUUUUAUUUGAAGAAAUCGCAUUUUUGUGAGAAAAUUUAAAGGCAAACUGCAAACCAGUGCCCAGCUGAGAGUGACAGCUUCACUUUGUGAGUCUUGUUGAAAAUUUGUAUUUUAAUUUAUUUAUUUUCCUAAAAUUUGGGUGAACAAAAAAUUAAUUUAAGCUAAACAUCUUUUUUAAAAAAAAUUAUGACUUCAUAAAUGGAUUCACCAAGAGUAAUCAAAAACUGAAUAGUUAAAUUUUCCUUUUAUCUUCAUUCUUAAAUAGAGGAUCAAUAUAAUUAUUGAAAAUGUAUGAAAAUUCUAUUUCCUUGGAAGAAGCUUGCUUAAAUGUAGUUUGCGACAAUAUACUUACCUAUAUUGAGCCCCAAAUUCAAACUAAGGAUGGGUGGACAACUAAUAUUGAAGGCAGUGACUGUUACGAUGACGAAAGAAGCGACAAAAGGUACAAAUUUCGUGACCCGGACAUUUUCCUCAUCAACAAAGUAUCGGAGAAACUGAUGAAGAAAAUGAUGCAGAAGAAACUACUUUGCGAUGCCACUCUUAACAUUUUUUCCGAACAAAACACUAAACUACAAUCUGUCAAGAUUAAAAAUUGUAAAGUGACCAAGUGCGGAUUGGAAAUUUUGAGACAACACAAAAUAAUUGAUUUGGAAAUUGCCAAUUUGAGAAAUGUCAGUAUUGAGGAUGUACUUGAUUGUUUAAAUGACUGGUCGUUGCAAAACUUAAGAACAGUCAAUUUUUCACACUGCCCAUGUACCGACAUGUUCCGAUUUAAGUUCCUAGCUAAGCUGGCAAGCUUGAAACGCCUUAGAACCUUAAAUUUAUCAUUUACGGAAUUGAAUCAGGCAACAUUUAAGCUAAUUUGCGAAAACCUGUUGACAUUGGAAAAAUUGGAUAUUUCUGGUACUCCUGUUAAAGACUUGCGACCCUUGGAACAUUUAUCCAAUAGUCUUGUUAGUUUAUCUUUAUGUGAUAUGGUACAUGCAACUGAAAAUCUCAUUCAAAUCCUGGAACAGUUACAACACCUCAAGUUCCUAGAUAUAAGCUUGUUUAAUGAAAAAAUUGAUAAAGAAUCCUCGAAUAUACCAGUAAUGGAGCUGCUAGAACGCACCGACAUAUUGCCCGACCUAGAAUGCCUAGAUAUUUCCGGUUGGAAGGAAUUUGUACCCAAAGACUCACUAAUGAAAUUCAUCGAUAGUCAUCCCAAAUUGCAAUUCGUAGGAAUGGUCCUCAGCUCGAUAACUUUUGACCCUACGUUUUGCGAACCCACCAUUGAAAGUCUUCAAAAUCUUCGUAUAGCUGGUCUGGGCAAUGAAGACCAAAUAAAAGUAGCUCUGCAAUAUUACAAAGAUCGUUACAAUUACGUGCAAAAGGCGCUUUAUCAUUUAUUCCAAUUGACUGGCUUGUUUGCCGAAGCCAGGCCAGAUAUUUUUAAGAUUGUUUUGCCUGCAAUGGAAGCCCAUUCGAGCAGAUUUGGAGUUCAAAUGGCUGCCACCGCGUGCCUCUACAAUUUGACUCGAGGUGAAUUGAGCAAACGUAUUCAUCCACAAUCGUUGAGUAAAGGCGUUAAUUUGACGCUAAUAGCUAUGGAAACUUUCCCCGACGAGUUUCAACUGCAGAAAAAUUCGCUGUUGACUCUUUGCAGCGAUCGAAUAUUGCAGGAGGUGACUUUUGAUCGGUUUAGAUGUGCCAAGCUGGUUUUAGACGCUUUAUGUGGAUUUGAAGAUAUCAACAUGAAUCGAAUGGCUGUAGCUAUUUGUAGUAUUUUGGCAUCAAAGGUUUCUACCGAAGAAACGUCUGAACUUGGUGCUCGGCCAGUUUACAUGCGCAAAUUGCUCUCCAUGGUGCAAAGUAGAGUGGAAACUCAAGUUUCCGAUAUAACUUUGAAGUUUACUUUGAGCGCCCUCUGGAAUUUGACUGACGAAAGUGCGGCUACUUGUUCGGUAUUCCUGGACCAAGGCGGCAGUGGACUUUAUUUGAAAGUGCUACAAAAGUUCAAGGGCAAUGCGCAGAUUGAGACGAAAGUUUUAGGUCUUUUAAACAAUAUAGCCGAAGUACUAAGACUGAGAGAAAGACUUUUGAGCAACGAAUUGGUUUGUUCACUUUACGAUUUACUAAAAUCGGACAACAUUGACGUCAGCUAUUUUGCUGCUGGAAUUGUAGCUCAUCUGGCUUCAGAUGGUGAACAAGUUUGGAAGAGCUGGAAGGUUCCAACUUAUAGUAGACUCGAAAUGCUAGAUGCCUUAGCUCAAGCUGUAUCAGCAUGGAAAAUUCCCGAAUCAGAAAUGGUAUCUUAUAGAAGCUUCAAGCCAUUUUUCCCUUUGCUAAGAGUAGAUAUGGACCAUCAAGUUCAGUCGUGGGCCGUUUGGGCCAUCCAUCAAGUUUGCAGCAAAAAUCCUAAUCGCUACUGUCAAAUGCUCUACGAAGAACGCGGCCAUGUUUUACUAAACGAUCUAAUUAAUUUCGGUAAUGUUCAUCCUGAUAUAAGGCAAAUUAGUGAGCAAAUACUUCAGGCUUUGAAGGAACAAGCCGUGCCUGUGUGAAUAUAAGCAAACUUGUGAUUUAUUUAGGCUUUGAUAGUUAUUUAUACAUUGUGUAUUGUGGUGUUUUUCUUCUAUGGCCAGGUUUAUUUGGAACAAGAAAAAUAAUAAUGAAUUUUUCCAAAGAAAUUAAUUUAGUUAGAAAAAAUAACAUUAGAUUUCCUUUUUUUAAAGCAACAUUCUACACAUUAGAAAAAUAUAUUAUAGGUACAUUUAAUACGUAUAAUUAUUUUGCGUUUUUGUUAGUUUUAGGAGAUAGAAUUUUUAUUUAUUUAUUAGAUAUGUAGAGUACUAAAAAAUUGACGUAGUAGCCGUAAGAAUGAAUAUAGUUACUUAUAUAAAGGGUAUUUUUGUUCCAAUGAGAAUUUAUGGUAAUCGAGAUUUGACAUAUUGGAAUGGAAACAAAAUACUUGUCACGAAUAAUUUUGUUAUAAGAAUUUAAUACAUUUUAUUGUUACUCUGUGCCAACCUUUUUUUGUAGAAAAUAAUUUAUUAGAAGAAUGUUUAGAGAUUUAUAGGUCUUUAUAUGUAUAAGUUGCUGAUGUUGUGCGACUGCUAGUCAAAAAAUAUAUAAUGCUGUUGUUGAAUGAAAAUAAAUGGUUUU